AUGGAACGUGCUGAAGAGCAAGAAGCAUGUGUUGAGCCAACCCAGAGGUAUUGUGUGCAGAGACCAAUAUACAACCAGGAGCUCCUGCAAGGACAGCUGCACAGGCGACAGAGAACCCCUCAGACUUUAGGGCAGAAGAUUGCACAUUCUUGUCGUUGUUCUUCUAAGAAAGCCAAGUCCCAUCUUUACAGUUUCUUACCGAUUUUAAAAUGGCUUCCUCGUUACCCAGUGAAGGAAUACUUAUUGGGAGACAUUAUCUCAGGUGUAAGCACUGGAAUCAUGCAGCUUCCUCAAGGUUUGGCCUAUGCUUUGCUGGCAGCUGUUCCCCCAGUAUUUGGCCUAUAUUCUUCAUUUUAUCCUGUUUUUCUGUAUACCUUUUUUGGAACCUCCAGACACAUAUCAAUAGGCACUUUUGCUGUGGUUAGUAUGAUGAUUGGUGGCGUUGCUGUGAGAGAAGUGCCUGAUGAAAUUAUUUCUCUGGACUCUAAUUCUACUAAUAUUACAGAUGUCCUUGAAUAUUACAGUGACAGGGAUACCAAGAGGGUGCAGGUAGCUGUGGCUCUUGCCUUUCUUUCAGGACUUAUCCAGUUGUGUUUAGGUUUCCUUCGGUUUGGAUUUGUGGCCAUCUAUCUAACAGAGCCUCUGGUGCGAGGAUUUACCACAGCAGCUGCAGUUCAUGUCUUCAUUUCCCAGUUAAAGUAUCUCCUUGGCAUCCAGACCAGCCGGUACAGUGGACCCCUCUCAGUUGUAUAUACCCUAGCUGCUGUGUUUUCAAAAAUAACAACAACCAAUAUUGCUGCAUUGAUUGUUGGAUUAACGUGCAUUAUUCUAUUGCUGAUUGGCAAGACAAUCAAUCGCCGGUUUAAGAAGCAGCUCCCAGUUCCUGUUCCUAUGGAGAUCAUUGUGGUCAUUAUUGGCACAGGAGUUUCAGCUGCAAUGAAUCUGAAUGAGUCAUACAAAGUGAACGUUGUUGGGAAUAUUCCUCAAGGGUUACGUGCACCAGCAGUUCCUGAGAUUCAGCUAAUCCCAGCAAUACUUGGGGAUGCAGUAGCAAUAGCAAUAGUUGGAUUUUCAAUGGCUGUAUCAAUGGCCAAGAUCUUUGCCCUUAAACAUGGUUACACCAUCGACGGGAAUCAGGAACUUAUUGCCUUGGGAAUAUGCAACUCUGUGGGGUCAUUUUUCCAAACCUUUCCAGUCACAUGCUCAAUGUCUCGGAGUCUUGUCCAGGAGAGCACUGGUGGAAAAACUCAGAUUGCAGGUGCACUCUCUGCAGUUAUGGUUCUGUUGGUAAUUGUGGCUAUUGGAUACCUUUUUGAACCACUUCCACAGACGGUGCUAGCUGGAAUUGUCAUGGUGAACCUAAAGGGAAUGCUUAAACAGUUCAGAGAUAUCAUGCAUUUCUGGAGAACCAGUAAGAUCGAGCUGGCCAUCUGGGUGGUAGCUUUUGUGGCUUCUGUUUUCCUGGGACUAGACUACGGUUUGCUUACUGCAGUAACAUUUGCAAUGAUAACCGUUAUUUACAGAACACAAAGCCCUGAAUACAGAAUCCUUGGUCAGAUUCCUAACACUGACAUCUACUGUGAUGUGGAAGAGUAUGAAGAGGUUAAAGAAUAUCCUGGAAUCAAAAUAUUUCAAGCUAAUACAUCUCUUUAUUUUGCUAAUAGUGAGUCAUAUACAAGCGCACUGAAGAAAAAGACUGGAGUGGACCCUAGUGCCUUAUUAGCAGCAAGGAGAAAAGCCCAGAAGCGCCAUGCCAGGGAGAUAAAGGCAGCAAAUGAACACAGAAAGAAAGCUGUGCUGAAGCUCGUGAGCUCUCCGACGAACGACAUAGAAGCAAGUGCAAAACAUGAGAUAGCAAGUGAUGACUUACCUGUGAAUGGAAAAUUUGCAGAUUCUAGUGUACAAGACAUGUCUCUUGAUGAGCAUGAACAUUUUGUGGAGCCCAAAACAAAUAUUCACUCUUUAAUUCUGGAUUUCACCCCAGUGAAUUUUGUGGAUUCAGUUGGAGCAAAAACACUAAAAUCAAUUAUAAAGAAAUACAACGAAGUUGGUGUCUGUGUCUGCAUUGCCAGCUGUAGUGGAGCAACAGUCCACUGGAGUAAAAUACUCACAAUGAACACACACCUGCUGUUGGGAACUCCAUUUAUUUCUAUCGUCAAAGAACAAAACACGAAUCACUACACAUGGAUUUUUGUCCCACAGAAAGUUUCGGAGGAAGGACAGAAGACCCUUCCCAGGUCCUAG